UUAGGCUUUAUAAAUGUUCGUUGGAUUUUAUUUUUAGGGCAAAAAUGAGAUUUUUGUUGUUGUUGUAACAAUGGAGAAGGCGGCUGGUGCUGGUAAUGAAGAAGAAGAAGAAGAGAUUUGCCGUAGAAAAUAUGGGAAAUGGAGAUGCAAGAAUGCAAGUGCUGAUAAUGAAUUGCAUUAUUGUCAAAAACGUUACAAUCUUCGUGCAAAGAAGACAACUAGGGAAGCUCCAGGUUCUGGUCCUAUAGAAGAUGAAACUAGGGAAUGGAGACGUAGUAGGAAGAAGGUAAUGGAGGAGGAAGAUGAUGAUGACACCUAUGAUACAAUUGUAGGUGGUGCUUCUUCCAAAAUUGAGGCAAAGAGGAAAAAAAUCGAAUCAACAUCUGAAGAACUAAAAUCAUCUACAGAAAUUAGUGAACCUGUUCUUGAAUUGGAGAAUCUGGACCAUUAUAAAACUGAGCGCUUCCAAGUGUCUGUGGAAUUAGAGCUUGCGAAGAAGGAAUUGGAGCUUGCGAAGACAAAUCUGGAGCUUGAGAAGAAGAAUGAUGCUAGUGAUGAGGAUGCAACUGAAUAUUGGAGGAACAAGUGUUCGGAUUUGGAGAUUGUAGUCCUGGCAUUGGAAAUUGAAUACUUAAUAAUGAGAUAUGAAGAAACUAGGGAAUCGAAACGGUCGAGGAAGAAGAAUGUAACGGAGGAAAAAGAUGACGGGUCCGUUAAUGAUACCUGUGACUUUUCAUCUGUUGAUUUAAGUCAGGCCCCCUUAAGGAAAACUGAUAAAGAAGGUGGUUCUGCCAAUGUUGUGACCAAGACGAAGCUGCCUCCAGAUGGACAACGUUGUUGUAUAAGUAGCAGGGGAUGGAGAUGCAAGAACUUUAGGAUGGGUCAUGGUGCUGCUGCUGAUGAUGAUAGGGUUCCGAAGACCAACCAUUGUGAAAAACAUUACAGUUAUUUUGCAAACUAUAAUCAGAUGCUCAGGAACAAGACGCAGAUGAUGAAGAAGAAGCCGCCUCCAGUUGGAGAACGUUGUUGUCAAACUGGUGGUGGUGGAUGGAGAUGCAAGAAUUUUAGGAUGGGACAUGGUGCUGCUUCUGAUGAUGAUACUGUUCCUAAUACAAGAUAUUGUGAAAAACAUUACAGGCAUCAAUCAAGGGAAUAUAAGCAGAAGAUGCAAUUUAAGAUAGUAGAAAUUAGGGGCUCGAAACGGAGGAGGAAGAAGGUAGCGGAGGAGAUGGAGAAGAACAAGCUUCUGCCUCCAGAUGAACAGCGUUGCUGUCUAACCAAUGGAAGUACAUGGAGAUGCAAGAAAGCUAGGAUGUCUCAUGCUGCUGUUGAUGAUGAAACUUUUCCUAAGACAAUAUAUUGUGAAAAACAUCACAAUCUUCGCGCGAAGUAUUACGAGAAUCUUAAGGAGGAGGAGGAGGAGGAGGAGAUGGAGAAGAAGCUGCCUCCCGAUGAACAUGGUUGUUCUCAAACUAAUGGAAGUACAUUGAGAUGCAGGAAUUUUAGGAAGAGAAGUUGGGGUAGGGAAAGUGCAUAUUGUGGUGCUACUGGUCCUAGAAAAUGUAGGGGCUCGAAACGGAGGAGGAAGGUAACUGAGGAAGAUGACCGGACACUUGAUGUAACAGAAGCCGAUACAAUUAAGAAGAGAAGUGGGGACGGGGAAGCUGCAGGUUGUAGCGCUACUGGUCCUACAGAAUAUAGAGGCUUGAAAUGGAGGAGGAAGAAGGUAACAGAGGAAGAUAACCGGUCCUUUGAUGUAACAGGAAGUAUGCAACCAGCUACCAGUGAUGAUGAUACCUCUGUUACAAUUUCAGAAGGCCGUACUGGCAAUAUCAGGAGGAAGAGGAAAAAUGUCGGAAGAGCGGAAGAUGACCAGUUCGUUGAUGAUACUCUUGGCGAAUUUGAAGGUUUUGACGGUUAUGUUGAUUCAGAAAAUUCUGUUGGUGACCUUAUGGAUAUGCUGGGGAUGAAAAAUUGGAAUUGGAACAACGAUAAAAUGAAAUGGAACUCUGAGGCUGAUAUGCUUUCUUGCUUUGAAGAGGAUCCUGUUCUGUCAUACUUAUAACUGAAUGAAAUUACGGUUUUUGCAGUUACAAUACAUUUGCUAGUUCAAUGUUGUAAGAAGCUGUAAGCUUGUUGGUUUACAGUCCUAUACUUUCUAGGCUCCUUGCCAAUCUACUGCACGGGAUAUUAGGAACUGGAGGAUAACUAAUCUGAAUUUCAAUCUUUUUACUGAAAUAGUUUGUGGAGAUUAGAUGAUCCUGCAAUUUACUUUA